AUGUCAAAAAUAUUUUAAAAACACAAAUCAAUUUUGAUUUCAUAAAAAAAUCAACGGCUUCUCUAACGCUUGAUGAAUUCGUAUGAGUUUAAAUUUUUAAUGAAUUUUCUUGUUCUAUAACUGUUGUUUUUAUGAUCUGAACAUGUUUAUUAAGUCAAUAGUGUUAGAUGGCUUCAAGUCUUACGGAAACCGAGUGGAAAUUACUGGAUUUGAUCCAGAAUUUAAUGCGAUCACUGGUCUAAAUGGGACUGGAAAAUCAAAUAUCUUAGAUUCUAUAUGUUUCGUACUUGGAAUCACAAAUUUAUCGAAUGUACGAGCAAGCAGCUUGCAGGAGCUUAUUUACAAGCAUGGGCAGGCAGGUAUCACCAAAGCAACAGUUAGCAUUACCUUCGACAACAGAGAUAAGAGACAAUGUCCGAUUGGCUAUGAGAAUCAUGAUGAGAUUACUGUCACUAGACAGGUGGUGAUGGGUGGUAAGAAUAAAUACCUUAUAAAUGGUAUCAAUGUCCAAAACAAGAGGGUCAGUGACUUAUUCUGUUCGGUUCAGCUUAAUGUCAAUAACCCACACUUCCUCAUCAUGCAGGGAAGGAUUACUAAGGUGCUAAAUAUGAAACCUCCUGAGAUAUUAUCAAUGGUAGAGGAAGCGGCAGGUACAAGAAUGUAUGAAGCUAAAAAACAAGCAGCACAGAAAACUAUUGAGAAGAAAGAUGCAAAGCUCCGGGAACUUAAUGAUAUAAUAAGAGAAGACAUAGCACCUAAACUUCAGAAGCUGCAAGAUGAAAGAUCUCAGUUCCAAGAAUAUCAGAAGGUUGUCAGAGAAUUGGAGAAUAUCACCAGGCUGUGUGUCGCUUGGAAGUAUGUUUCUGCUGAAGAGCAAACCAAAGCAGCAGAGGGAAAAGUCACGCAAGUGCAGGACGACAUUAAAUUGAAAAAAGAGACUAUUAAAAACAAUGAGAAAGAAAUGAAAGAGCUGGAUAAGCAAGUUGUUGACUUAAACAAAAAACUGGAUGAGGAGAGUGGGAAUGUCCUCAAAGAUUUGGAAGUAGAACUUCAAAACUUGGAGAAGGUUGAAGCAGCAGCAAGUUCACAAUAUAAAGGCAGCAAAGAAGCCCUGAGCGGACACGAGAAGAGAGUCAAACUACUCGAAAAGGCACUGGCUGAGGACGAGCAGGCUCUCACAUCAAAGCAACAGAUUCUUAAUGAGGUCUCGUCAACAUUCGAGAACCUUCGCACAUCUAGUGAGACCAGUGAGAAAGCUUUAGCGGAAGCACAACAGAAGUUCUUGGCCGUGAGCACCGGGAAGGAAGAUGCUUCUGAAUCGCUGCAGGACCAGCUAAUGGCUGCCAAACAACAGGCGUCGGAGGCGUCCACUCGCAUCACCUCGGCCAUGAUGGACAAGAAGCACGCCGAGGAGAGAUUGAAAACUUUGGAGAAGGAGUUCACUACCAGCAGCAAACAGUACGACGCGGAUCAGGAGAGCAUCCGGCGGCAGCAGGCGCAGGUCGAGCAGCUGGAGCGCGAGCUGGCGGGGCUGGCGCACGACGAGUCCCGCGUGACGUCACUGGGGGCGGCGGUGCGGGGCGCGCAGGGGGCGGCGCGGGGGGCGCGGGACCGGCGGGACGCGCUGGCGGCGGCGCUGCAGCGGUGCCACUUCCGGUACUCCCCCCCCGACCCGCACUUCGACCGCGCCAGGGUCGCAGGUACCGUCUGCAAGCUGAUCGACGUGUGUGAUCCGGUGUACUGCACCGCCCUGGAGACGGCGGCCGGAGGACGGUUAUACAAUGUAGUGGUGGACACCGAGGUCACGAGCAAGCUGCUGCUACAGCGGGGCAACCUGCAGACCAGAACUACCAUCAUACCGCUCAACAAGAUCUCCGGACAGGUCAUCGACAAGAGAAUUGUGCAGAUAGCUCAGGAGAUUGGUGGAGGUCCGGAGAACGUGCAGCUGGCCUUGGACCUGAUAUCGUUCGACAGCCGCCUGCGCCCCGCCAUGGCGUGGGUGUUCGGCUCCACGCUCGUGUGCCGCGACCUCGACACCGCCAAGCGCGUCACCUUCCACCGCGCCGUGCGCCGCCGCUGCGUCACGCUCGACGGCGACGUGUUCGACCCCUCCGGCACGCUCUCCGGCGGCGCCGCGCUCAAGGGCGGGUCGGUGCUGCUGCAGCUGCAGGAGCUGAAGCAGCUGGAGCAGCAGGUGCAGGCGGCCGAGGCGCGGCUGGCGCAGCUCACGGAGGAGCUGGGCUGCGCGCAGCAGGCUGCCGAGAGCUACGCCGCUAUACAACAGAAGUGCGAGGCGGCGCGGCUGGGCGCGCGCGCGGCGGCGGCGCGGCUGGGCGGCACGGCGCGCGCGCAGCUGCACGCCGAGAUCCAGGCUCUGCGCGCGCAGGCGGCCCAGCUCGCGGCGGCGCUGGAGCAGGACGAGCUCGUGCAGGACGAAGCGGCCGGCCGGGCCCGCGACCUGGAGGCCAAGCUCAAGGACAUCAAGGGACACCGAGAGAGAGAAUAUAAGAAAGCAGAAGAGGCAUUGAAGAAAGCAAAGCGAGACGUGGAGGUGCACGGCGGCGCGUGGAAGCUGCGCGAGCAGGAGCUGGAGACCCUGCGGCUGGAGGCGGCGGAGCUGCAGCGCGGCGCCGCGGCCGCACGCCACCAGCUGCACGAGCACGCGCGCGCCGCCGCCGACCUGGCACGCGCACUGCACGACGCCGCGCGCAGCCGGGACCACGCGCAGGAAGCAGUGAAGGAGAUGCAGGCGCGAAUAAAACAUCAGAAAACGGAGAUCGCGGGCCGGAGCACCGACAUAUCUCGCCUCGUGCAGCAGAAGGAGCGCCUGGCCAAGAGCAGCAGCGAGCUGGAGCUCGGCGUCAAGGAGCUGGACUACCGCAUCAAGGAGCUGCAGACUGAGGCUCUCGAUUGUCAGAAGAAGAUGAGGCAACUGGAGUCGGAGAACCCGUGGAUCCCGUCGGAGCGGCAGUACUUCGGCGCGCCGGGCGGCCUCUACGACUUCGAGGGUCGGCAGGCGCACGUGGCCGCCAGCCGCCUGCACCAGCUCGCCGAGCGCAGGGACCGCCUCGCGCGAGGACUCAACGCCAGGGCGCACACGCUGCUCGGCAAGGAGGAGGACCAGUACCAAGACGUCAUGAGGAAGAAGCAGAUCGUGGAGGCGGACAGAGCCAAGCUGGUGCAGGUCAUGGCGGAGCUGGACGAGAAGAAGAAGAAGACGUUAGUGACGGCCUGCGAGCAAGUCAACCGGGACUUCGGGUCCAUCUUCAGCACCCUGCUGCCCGGCGCGCAGGCCAAGCUGCAGCCGCCCGACGGACUCUCCGUGCUGGACGGGCUCGAGGUGAAGGUGGGGUUCAACAUGACGUGGAAGGAGUCCCUGGGCGAGCUGUCGGGUGGGCAGCGGUCGCUGGUGGCGCUAGCGCUGGUGCUGGCGAUGCUGCUGUUCAAGCCGGCUCCGCUGUACAUCCUGGACGAGGUGGACGCGGCGCUGGACCUGUCGCACACGCAGAACAUCGGCAUCAUGCUCAAGGAACACUUCCGACACUCGCAGUUCAUCAUCGUGUCGCUGAAGGACGGCAUGUUCAACAACGCCAACGUUCUGUUCCGCACCCGCUUCGUGGACGGCAUGUCCUCCGUGCAGCGCACCGCCGCGCGACGCUAGCCGCCAUACGUGCGCGCCGAUAUACAACAAUAUAACUAGAUUUAAUUCAUUCAUAUCUUAAGGUAAUUUUAUCAGUUACGGCCAUUCAAAGUUUUUUUUAGUUACAAAAACUAUUAACGUUACCCCAGCUAACCUUACCUCGCCCCGGGACAAACGUACCUUUCCCGCGGGGACGAGGCGCCCGGGAUAAGAACUACUACUAAUUAACUUAAUUUUAAGCCACAUUCCAAUUUCAAUAUUUUUUAAAGAAUUUUUAAAUUAGUCAAAGCUGCUGUGCGGCGACUCAUAAUCUCAGUAAAAUUAUAAAUUAUUAUUAAGUCGAUGUCUAGUUUUUAUUUUGUUAUUAAAAUUAAAUGUGUACCUAUCUCAA